GCGUACUCAGCACCCCAAUCAGUGCAAUGAGGGUCACAUAAUGCGUAUUCAAACGCCCACAGCGUCGCAUCUCCCCCCCUCUCCCUCUCUCACUCUCACACACACAUAAUAUCGACAAAGUGUCACCUCUGCACAACGAAUUAGCCACGGAACCUAUCAGCUCUUUUGGACAAGUCCCUCACCCACUCACAACUGACCCCCUGAUCCACCAGCCAGUGAAACUCAGUCGAUGUCCAAUGACUCGAAAUCUCCAUCCUCGUCGAUGUAUCCCAGCUGCUCCCACUGGAACGGGCUGUCGCCAGCACCGAAAUGGGUGUUGAAGCCCUUGUUGAUGGCCCCCUCCUGUAUGCCGUGCUGCGCCGCCUCGUCGAGCCGAGCCCUGUGGACCACCUCACAGAGCCCCAGAAGCCUGUGGCCGCCAUGCUGCCCUCCAUUGAUAGCAAAGCACAGCGGGGGCACCGUCACGCCGCCCAGAUUGGCCAUCCCGCCCACAACCUCCCUACUGCUGAUCGCGUACAUCGCCGCGUCGACGAAGUGCGCCGCCGCUGCCGUCACGCGACGGGCGAGUGUGCUGUUGCGGAAUGGUAGUGAAUGACUGAUGGUCGUCAGAGCAGCGUCCCAGUCGAAGCACAUGGCGGCGAUCUUCCAGCCGAUGGCCUCUGCCUCGUGUGGGCCGUAGCCAGGGGGGGCGGGGAGGGGGGGCGGAUUGGCAGGAGGGGUGCCAGUGUGAGGGGGCUCCAUCAGGUGGGGCAGGAGUGUGGGGAGGGACUUCAUGAGGAACGCCGCGAGGCUGCGUUGAGGCCGCAGCGCCGCAUUCACCGCCGCCAUCGCCGCAGUAGGCACCUCGUUGAGCACCGCCGCAUACUGCGGUAGCACCAGCUGACGAUGAACAUGCAUGCGGCCCUCCAUGCGGCCGAUAUCCGCCCCGGCCCUCAGCAAGCUGCGGAUCGUCGCCUCUUGAGUGGAAAUCCGUGCCGAAAAGUACUCCUUGGUUUCUUCACGGUCCCUGACCUCUUGCGGCAGGUCGUUGUCUUGCGAGUCCUCAAUCGCCGCGUUGAGCUGUCCCGCGGCCACAGCGAGUGGGGGACCAUCGCCGCGGCCGCCCUCUCUGUCGAUGGUCCCUGGUGGCAAGUGGCGGCUCAGGUAGUCCACGACACACGGAGAGCCUUCCAAUGCCGCAUCCUGCAAGGGCGUCCACCAAUUCUGGGGCUCUAGCGUCAAGCUGGCCCCAUGCUGCACCAGCAGGUCCAGGUAUGAAUCGAUAAACGCCUGGGAAUAGUGCCCACACUCAAGGCGGGCUGCCAAGUGGAUCGGAUUGAGGCCGAGGACGUCUUGUUCGGUUGCAACUGUGGCGUCGUGCUGGAUGAGAAGGCGGUAGAUGGACAUCAGCCGCUGCUCAUACUCGCGGGACACCUGAUGCCCGAGAUGUGCGAAUGUCAUGGGCGUGGGCAGAGGCAUGACGUAAGGGGGCCAAUAUCCAUCAGGAUCGCGGCCUUUCACCGCAGCGUUGCGCGCCAAGAGGAUCGUCACAGCCGCCUCAUUGCCUGCACGGAUUGCCAUCUCGAUGGGCCUUGUAUACAGAGACCAUCUUGUGACCGUCGCAUCAACAUCAGCACCGCCGUCGAUGAGAGCCUCCAUGACGGCCGUCUGCAGCUCAGCAGAUGACCACAACGGCAGGGCGACAGGGCGAACGCGGUCACGAUGGUUGCUGUCUUUGCGGUCUCGCGCCCAGACGGUCGGCAUCGUGUCAUCGCUCAGGUUGUCAAAGGUAAGCGACAGCAGCCGAUACGCCAGGCCGAUGGUGCCGCUGCCUCGAGCCCGCAGCCACAGCGCAGCGUUCGGAUCAGCGCCACGCUGCUGUAUCAGCUGCGUCACUUGCUGCUGGUGGGUGAAGGUGCGGCGGACGACACCCUGAACGAGCUGUUUUGUCGCAUCGCUGUUGUCGGGAAAGGGCUCGAUGCAGAUGUCCUCGAGCCUCAGAGAUGGAGCCAUCCCUCACUCACGGCCGCCGUGGCUCUCUGGGACCACACUGUCACACCAGCAGCACAAACACAAACAGCAGAAUCACAUGUCUAAAAUCAAGGCAGCGUCGCGUGUGCGUCCUCCUUUAUCUCAAUGCGCACCUUCUGAUGUGUGCGAUGUGUUGUGUCUGUCUGUGGGACGGAGAUCUGCCUGAAGAGAGGGACACGACAGCGGCAAAACUUC